UUGCUACACAGAAACACCAUAGAUCUACGCCAAAGUUGGAUUCUACUUUUCUUUGUUUAAUAUAUUCGUCAAAUUUACCAAUUACCUUGUUGUGUGGCUGGCAUCGAAUCGACAUGGCAGACGUUGAUUGGUUUUCUGGUGAAGGGGGAGAAGACGGAGGAGGAGGUAAAUCUGGGAAAAAGAAUCAGAAGAGACGAGCCAAGGCUAAGAAGAGUAAGAAUGAAAGCAGUGUUUCCCAGGUACCUAAGGUUGACCCUAUUGAAGAGCUGAGGCAGAGACUAGCUGAUGCCAAAAUUAAUAAGGACCUCAAAUUGGCAGGAAAACUGAGGCAACAACUUUGGAUCGUUCAAGACUUAGCAGCUGGAGUGAAACCGCAAGUAGAUCCAGAAGACCUAGAUGGACAAGCCAUGGUGAAAGAGUUUGAAAGGACUGGUAUCAUAUCUCUCUCCUCUAACAGUGGAGCAAGCCCUGAGGGUAAGGUGGAAGAAGAGGUCCCACACUCUGGACCAGUCUUCUUUACUCCUGUAGCUGGCGGGGCAGUGAUAGAAGACAAGAGACAGAAAAACCUGAACAAAAAGUUAAAGCAGAUUGAGACUCUAAAGGAGAAGCAAAGGAAAGGGGAGAAACUAGAAUCUAAUCAGCUUGAGAAGAUCAAAUCUGAAGCUGCCGUCCGCCAAGAAAUCCAGGAGAUCGAGGAACUCAUCAGUAAACUCUCUGCUCAGAUCAAGAGUUGACGUCGGCUGCUCAUCCUCAAGAAAAAGCAAGCAAUUACCUCAUACUGAAGCAGGAUACUGUCUCCAGAUUUUGAUUGACCUUUUGCGAGUCUUCGGCGUUUCGUGUGCUUUGGAAGCAACAAGUGAAUUGAAUGAAUGUCACCUUGAGACAGUAAAUUGCAGAAUGGACUUGCCACUUGGUCUAAUUGCCAUUCAGUCCAUUUACCAUUUUGUCUAUUUUUCAGUUAGGCCCUACCCGUUUUGUCUAAUAUCCAAUUGAUUUAACAUUGUUUUAUAGUCUAUAUUGUUAGGUGAACUGCUCAUGAAUCAAAUUUUCAUAUGACAAAGUGCAAAAUAGUUAGUAGAUGACAUGGGAAAUAAAUGAAUUGAUUAGACUAAAUGAGAAAUAGACUAAAUGGGUAUUAGACCAGGUGCAGUGUAGACCAAAAUGGCAAAGGUGUAUUAGUUGUUGAGUUGGUUUAGCCCAUGUGAUAAUAGAAUAUCUGAGAAGUAUACCAACUGCUUUGUAGACCGAGAGAGUUAGGGCGAGGACCGUUCGGACUUACAAGGUACGUUAACAUAAGCCUGAGCCAUGUAUGGAUGUGGCUUCUAGCUUGAAUUCAUUUCACCAUCUUUUCACUUAAGCAAUGGGGGAGUGUAAAAGCCGCAGGGAAAUCCAGCACAUGGGAAAGCUUUGGACGCGGCUAUUGUUAACGUUUGCCUUGCGUUCCUUACUUUAAAAAAUGUCCACUGGGAACUUUAACUGGAAGUUUGUGAGUGAGAUCAACGAGAUGAUGAAUUUAGAGGAUUUACAAUGAAUUCAUUUUUGGAGUUUGGAUAGCAGAUUUAAAGGCCAUGCGGGAAUAUUUAACGUCCACUGUAGUUUGAGGGAGUCCAUUCCAGAGUUUUACAACUUUGGUAAAGAAGGAUUGUGUGAACGGUGUGGAUGAGCAUUUGAAGACAGCUAGUUGCCUAUCCUGUAUCUGUGUACUUCUUGGGGCUUUUCUCUGAAUUUAAUCCUUAUAAAGAAUAAACAUGAUGUGAUAUGGGUCCAUCUGACCUUUAUCGAGGUGGGUGUUUCAUAAAGCUGUUUGUAAAGUUACGCAGACUUUACGAAAGAUUGGAACAUGUUCUUAGGUGCUAAGGCAGCUACAUCUUGGGAUAUCAUUUAGCACAAAAAGGGUCACCAGUCAUUCGUAAAAUCACUUGGAACUUGCAAAUAGCGUUAUGAACCACCCACCAGAACAUAUGAGCUCCCAUAAGACCCCACACACCUACAUGUAGACCGUUCUAUUUGCAAAACUUUACGGAUGAAGGUAUGCUUGAGAACCACUUCACUGGGGAAGUCCCCAGGUGUAUUUUGCAUUUUGCAGUGGGCUCGUCAUGUGAGAACUUCUGUUGUUAAUGUUUAUGUUCAUCUGAGGGAUGAAAUGUACCCACUGUUGGGAAGACAAUUCAGGCUUUUGAGAUAUUGAGGAUGAGGAUGGUGAUCAUGACAAUCAUGAUGAUGGUAAUGAGGACGAUGAAGAUGAUGAUUGUGCUGGUGAUGAUGAUGCUAAUGAAUUAUGAUUUCAUAACUGUAUUGAACUUAUUUUUCAAACUAGCACUGAAAAUCAAUUGUAUGAAAUAUAGGAAUCAAGUCAUUAUUUUAAGAAAUGAAAAUAAAAAUUAUGUAAAACUGGAAUUUACUCACAAUGAUGGAUUAUGUAUAAUGGAUGACCAAUGCAUUCCUUAAUUUUGUUCUCUAUGAUUUGUAAGCUUUAGAAUUUGACUUUUCUGUAUUAUUUGGCAUGGUGCUGAGUAUUUAUGCUUUAUUUUGCUUCAUUGUUGAUGUAAUAUGUAACAUUGACUUGCACGGUUGCACCAUGUUCAAUACUGUAUGUUUAAUUAUUCUUGAUCAAUUUAUAUAAAUAUAAAUGAUAUACAAUUUCAA